GAAGCAGAGAAGAGAAGAAAAAACAAUGAACACACUGAAUCGAAGAAGUGAAUCGGGUAUUCGGUCGGCUGUGUGAUAGACAUAUAUGAGAAUUAGAUUUUAGUUUCGAGGCAUCAGUUGUAGUUUGGUUCGCAACACAAACUGUGUUAAGCUCAAGCGGCCCAGUGUUGUUAAGCCAUUGUGCAUUCACAGAAACAUUUUCUACUCACUUCGUUCUUCGUAUUUUUGUGUGUUUCAUUUCUGUUUUUUUUUAUUAUUGUUUCGAUUCUCCCCGCAGAAGAAGGAGAGAAAAAAACGUAUUACAUUUUGUUGGCUCUUUGCACGGAUUGUGUGUAUUUUUCUGUCGUAAAAUUGAACAGUUUACAUAUUAUAUGAGCACAUACGGUGAACGUUCACUUAAUUGUGAAUAUUUUGAGUGUUGAGUGUAAAUAUUUUUGACUGUAGCGAAUACAAAACGAAUUUGUUUUUUGUUCCGUCUUCGUAAUUCGCGUUUCGAUCGAAACAAAAUGAUGAAUUAAUAAAAUUCGCUAUUUUAAAUUAUCGAGUACGCUCCCAAUUCAAUAGCAGAGCGAACGGGAUAGAACGACAACGAAGCAACAGCAGCAAAAAAGUGUUUAUUCGUCAAAAAUCGAUAAAUCAUCGUUGUUCAUUGAAAUGCGAUUCGAAUAGUGUCGUUUUGUAUAUAUACAUACAUCGAAUGAAGAGUGAGCAAUUGUGCGUUCGAAGCGAAUCUCUGUGAAAAAGAGUGUGUAUUUGUAUGUGAGUGUGUACGUUUACGCUCCGCUUGAGAUCGUAUAAUAAAGAAAUUAAUAGAUUUUUCCAUGGGAUCAGCCGCAUAGCGCAACAGGCGAUCCCAAAUGGAUUAAAUCAUCCUCAUACCAAUUGCUUUGCAUUGCGUUGAGUGUAACGAAGUAGCGAAGAAUAUCGUGCGUAUGAACCAAACUCAAUUCUCAAUCACGUCAUAAAGAGUCGACGAUUCGAAGUCAAUGUUUAACAAGAAAUCAAACAAACCAGCUGCAUGUGUGCGAGCAUAAAGGCGUAUUGUGGAACAACUUAACAAAAUACAGAGAAAAAAAGCAAACAUUUCUAAAAACAAAAACCGUGUUUGAUUACAUUAUUUGACUACAAAACGAAUUUUCUUGCAAACUGCCACAUCGCGCUGUGAUUUGGUACGCAUAUGUGUGACGAAAAAAAACGAGAAAUAAAGCGAAAAAAUAAGAGACACAUAAAUCUUAGUUGAUGCCGAAUAUUGAAAUUGGUUAGUGUCGUUCGUUGGCCGAAUUUUAUUCUCUCCUGUUAAAUUCGUCGAACGUGUGUUGACAAAGACUACGGCUUGGUUUUUGUUAUACCAAUCACAAUCAAUAACAAAGAAUACCUGCACAAAGCAUAUUCGAAAUUAGUGUUUUUGUUCGCCAGCAAUUGUUCGGUGCAUUUGUGUGGGUGAAGCACAGAUUGGUUGCCAAAAUAGAACAGAACGAAACUAUAGAGUGAAUUCGUGUAUACACAAAAAAACGAACGAACACAACUAAAAAAAAAAGAACACAAAAAAGAAUUAUCUCAUUUAUCAAUAGAUCUGGAUCUUUGAUCGAUUCUCUUUUAGUUUACUGCUUCGUUUUCAUCGACCAAAAACACUUGUACUUUGAAGGAGAAUCGAAUGUGAGAGACUCUAAUUUCCACAAUUUUAAAUUCAAAUUAGAUCGGCAACUCGUUUAAAUAAUAUUUUUGUACUUAAACAUAAACACACCAGUGAUCGUUUACUUAACGCCCCGAAAAAUUCCACAUCAGACUUUUUUCGAUCACAACGUACAAACGAAUUGAAAAGAAAAUUAAGAAAAGACAAUGGAUCCGUUAAGUAUUGGAUCAAGUGCACUUAGUUUAAACCAACGGUUUGAGGAGACGGAAGAGCAAAAGCCAGAGGAUGCAUUCCGUGAAGUGAUUACCAGUUGCCGUUCGCUCAGCUCGUACGAGCCAAAUAAUCUUAAGACCGCACUUCCACAGAUAUUUGCUGCGACAACGGCUGCAUCAUUUCACAUUGUGAUUGGUAUUUCGUUGGCAUUUUCGGCAAUUCUGGUGCCUCAACUCGAAAGCGAAGACAGUGAUUUGAAGUUGGAUAAAGAGCAAACAUCAUGGAUUGCUUCGGUGAUUGUGCUCUCUGUUCCGGUUGGUUGUUUGAUUGCAGCUAUAUUAAUGGAAUGGCUGGGUCGUCUGAAUACAAUCAAAUUGGCCGCUAUCCCAUGCGUUAUCGGAUGGCUUUUGAUUGCGAACGCAUCAAAUAUGAUCGAAUUAUUGCUUGGUCGAAUACUAACUGGGCUUGGCUCUGCAAUUGGGACAUCGCCAGCGAUUGUCUAUAUAACUGAAGUGGCACGUCCAGACUUACGCGGAUCAUUGAUUUCAUCUGCACCGACAUUAGCUUCGCUCGGCAUGGUCAUAGCGUACGCAAAAGGAGCGUUCAUGGCAUGGCGAAUGGUUGCGUGGCUGACAAUCAUAUAUACAAUCGUUCCCGUCAUAUUUAUUCAUAUGUUUGUGCCCGAGUCACCGGUAUGGCUGGUCAGCAAAGGACGCAUCGAAGACGCAGCACGUUCACUGAAAUUCCUUUACAAAAACUAUGCACAACCCGAGCAUACGACUCAAUCAUUGGCGGAUAUGCAUUUGGCUAGUUUGCAGCGUGACCAAGAAUCGCGAUUCCGGAAAAAUAUUCCGAAGAAUUUCUCAGUCACAUCGUUUACCAUACCGAUGCAAACUGAAAGCUACGACAGUUCGACUUCGAAAUGGUCUGGUUUCUUCCGUCCAACCGGCUACAAGCCCAUGAUCAUGCUGUUCUUCUUCUUUUUGAUUCAACAAUUCAGUGGAAUUUAUAUUACACUAUUUUAUGCUGUCACAUUUAUGCAGGACAUUGGCAGCAAUGUGAAUGCGUACCAAGUAUCGAUUUUCGUUGGUAUCACUCGAUUUUUUAUGUCAUUAUCGAAUGCAUGGUUUUUGAAACGGUUCAAACGACGACCACUCGUGAUGUGCUCUGGUAUUGGAAUGGCGAUUGUUAUGUUUGUUAGCGGAACUUUCACCAAAUGGAUUAAAGAUGGUACUUCACAACAAGAUUGGGUGCCGGUUGCUUGUCUCUUACUUUACGUUUGCUUCUCCAUGAUCGGACUCUUGACGAUCCCAUGGACGAUGACGGCUGAGCUAUUUCCGAAUGAAAUUCGCGGCAUUGCCCAUUCAAUUUCAUAUUCGAUGGCAAACAUUUUGAUGUUUAUCGCUAUUCAAGUUUAUCGGGAUUUGUCUGCAUUUUUAGGCGGAGCCUAUGCUAUUCAGUACUUUUUUGCCGGUACAUCGAUAAUUGCGUUCUUCUUCGCACUACUUUUCUUACCUGAAACGCACGGUAAAAAGUUAUCAGAAAUUGAAGACUAUUUCAGAGGCAAACGCCAGAGUAGCAGCAGCAACAAGACCACCAAGGCGAAAAAACCAACAACCAAUCGAAAACCCAAACAAACACUCCAAACUGUUAACGAAUCCGAAAAAAUGAUGAACGGCGCUGAAAAUGUCUAAUGCGCACAUAAUUUUCAGCGAGGAUUCCAUCCACACACACAUAAACACACACACAAAACAUUUGUCCAUCACACAAAUAAAUACAGUGCUUAAUCGUUUUAAUUUCGGUUUUAGAUGAUUUUUUCUUCUUCCUUUUUUCCUUAAUUUUGUAUUAGAUUGAACGGUCUUUUCAAACUAAUCAAGUUUUCUUUUGACAAAUUAGAACUUAAGUAGAAUUCCGUUCACAAUGACAAUAAUGAAUUAUGACACAAUUUUUUUUUUUCAAACGCACACACCCACGGAACGUGUAGUUCGAAAAUUAUAUUUUAAUUAAUAGAUAAAUAAGUAUUUUGAAUGAAUGGCCACAUAUAUUCCAAGUUGAUUGUAUUUUGGACGAAAAUGACGAAAAAUGCUGAAAAAUCUUCAAGCAAACAACUGUCAUUUUCACAAAACAUGCGAAAAUUUGUUUGAAACGGACGUGCUGUGAAAUACAAGCUAAAAAAAGUGCUAAAAACACGUUUUACAAACACACCGAAAUCAAGUGCAUACUUAUUUUGUUAGCAUUUUUUAUGUGGAAUUUAAAAAAAAGGUGACAUUUCUCUUAGAUAAUUACUAAUUUCAAUUGAUGAAUGACAUUUGAUACCAAGAGUUUUUUUUAUUGCAAAAUUCUCACUACUUAUUUUAAUGGAAAAAGAGCAGUUCAAUUUCAUAUUUUCCCCAGUUAAAACUUCUACUUACUAUUUUUUUUUUUGGAUUCAAUUGUGUAGUGUAUCGAUCUCAAAAUGUUGGUGCAUCGAUUUUAUUUGAGGAUUUUUUUUGUUAUUUUAUUCUGUACACAACAUAUAACCUGAAUUGAUUGAUUCCCUAGACACGUUUACACAUACCUAUUAACAAACAUACAUAAUUUUUCAGAGUCGUUAGCUGUUUUUUUUGUUUAAUGAUUUAUUAUUAUGCAUACCGUAUGAAGUCAUACAAUAAAUCCUCUCUCAUUGUGGCUCGUGUGCUAGUAACGCAGGUGAUAACACAACAGAAGAAAAAACUACAACUCUUCCCUCUACGUUAAAAUAUUCGAUCAGUUAAUUUAGAUUUUACUUCGGAAAUUUACCUAUUCUAUUACUAGUUAAUUAUCUAUAAAUUGUUUAGUGUACAAAACAGACGAAAAACAAAAUAUUGAAUAAAGGCGACUUUUGAAAGUU